GCGGUAUCCAAAACUGAGCGGUUACACAUUUACCCAGUGUGUGAACACGUGUAAGAAAUAAUCUUUUGAGGGUGGUCGGACGAUACUGGAAUACGGAGCAUAACAGGUUACCAUACAGCAGUUGUUGGUCGUCAAAAACGAAGCAAGAGCAUUUUUAGAAAUCUUUGCAGUAUUAAGGAAGUUUAUGGUACUUGAAUUACGCUAAAUGGGAAAACACUCUUUAGACAGAAAGAGGAGAAAGAGACGAGAAAAAAGGAAAAAACACAGAUUAGAAAAGGCAAGGCACCGGCAGUUGAAUGAGAGUUCAGAGGAAUUCGAAAUGUUCAAUAAAAAAAACACAGAUAAUAUUUGGCCUGAUGAGGAAAAUGAUCUUGGGUUGAAGGAAGUUGAACGGGAAAUUCAUGAGCAGUGCAAAGAGGAUGGUAUAUACAUAGACGAUACCUUUGUAGAAAAAAAGAAGUGCCUAUAAAUCAGCUAAAGAGCUGUUUGGGGAUGGAAACAGGGAUGUCGUGAAACUGCGGAAAAUGCUAGAUGAUGAAAAGGACAAAAGAAAGAACCUUCUAAAAUUUACAAACCUCUGUGUUCAUGUCAUCAAAAGUAAAAAGAAAUGUAAAUUUUGUGCCAAGUUUUGAAAAGGUUUUAUUUUUUUUAUAAAAGCUAAUGUAUUUUUAGUUUUUAACAUUUGCUUCAGUCCAAACAAAAAUUGUCAUUAUUUGAGCUUUGUAUACUAGAUACAUUAGUUACUGGAAUUGUAUUUUUUUUUAAAUUAAGAAUAGACUGGAAGGGUACAUUGUAAAACAUGUCUGGGAAACAAAAACUUUCAGUUUUUCACCAAGCUCAGCGAAAAAAAAUGUCAAGAAAAGAAUGUCCAGGAUGUAAACAAUCAUUUACAUCUAGGUAUUUUAGGCAGCAUAGAGAAAAAUAUUUUAACAAUAAUCAAUGGAAUUGUUUCAAGUCAGUGUCUGAAAAUGUUGAAGUUUUGUCUCAGGAUAUCGAUGAGGAAUUUUCUGAUAGCUCAUCUGAUGAAAAUCUUUCUUCUCAAAGAUUACAUGAUGUUUUUCAAAUCUUAUGUACGAAAACAUUUUUCUGAAAAUAAUUGUACCGCCGAGUCUGAGAGUGAAGAUGAGGUUUGGAAUAAUGCAAGUUUGGAGGAUUUAGAUUUAGACCUUCAGACUGAAGAACUCUUAGAAAGAAAUGAAAGCAAUGAUGUGAAUGUUUCAAACCCAAACAUGAAAUUUGGGACACUUUUAAUGUGGUUCUGUAUGUUCAUAUGUACCUGGCAAGCCAUUUUCAUGCUGCCAGACUGUGUUAUUGACAACCUUCUUUCAUUUUUAAGUACAUUUUUUUGUCGAAUUGGAAAAGAAUCUUUCAUAUUUUCGAGCUUAGCUACUGUUUUUCCAGGUUCUGUUUAUCUGUUAUGGAAAAAGAUAGGCUUGAAAAAAGACAAUUUUACAAAGUAUGUUGUGUGCAGAAAAUGUUUCUCCAUUUACUUGUAUGAUGAUUGUUUAAUGAAUUUAGAGGGUGAAACUGUGUCUGCCAAAUGUCCUUUUGUAGAAUAUCCAAAUCAUACACAGCCAGCAAGGCGAAGACCAUGUGGGGAAUUGUUGUUGAAAUCUGUAACACUUUUAGAUGGUACAAAAAAACUUUAUCCAUUUAAGUCUUACUGCUAUAAACCUAUUCAAGAAUCUUUGCAAGAUUUAGUUAAAAGGCCUGGGCUUGAAGAUCUUUGUAACCAUUGGCGAUCACGUAAGCAGUCACCUGGGUUUUUGACAGAUAUUUAUGAUGGGAAUGUUUGGAAAGAGUUUCAGAGCUCAGAAAAAAAAACACUUUUUAACCCAUCGAAACAAUUAUGGCUUAAUGUUAAAUCUAGACUGGUUUCAGCCAUUUAAACAUGUUAAAUAUUCAGUUGGUGUUUUGUAUGCAGUUAUUUUGAAUUUGCCUAGAGACGAAAGAUUUAAAUUGAAAAAUGUUUUAUUGAUAGGUGUUAUUCCAGAUUUAAAACAUGAACCUUCUGUAAAUAGUUUCAUAACACCUCUUGUUAAUGAACUUAAAGUAGCAUGGUCGCAGGGAUUUCAGUUGGCUUCAAGCAAAAGUUCAUAUUUAAAAAAGAAUUUUAAAGUUGCACUAAUGUGUGUUGGAUGCGACAUUCCAGCAACACGAAAAUUAUGUGGAUUUUUGGGUCAUUCAGCAACAUUGGGUUGCUCAAAAUGUUUUAAAAAAUUUCCAGGUAGUGUAGGCAAUAAAGAUUAUUCAGGUUUUGAUGUAGAGAAUUGGCCAGUACGAACACUUGAUGAUUAUAAUUUAUCCAUGAAAGCUGUUAAAAAAGCUAGAACUCAGACAGAAAAAGAAAGAUUUGAAUCUUCUCAUGGAGUAAAAUAUUCGGUAUUAAGUGAACUAGACUAUUUCAACCCAAUAAGAAUGUCCAUUGUUGAUCCCAUGCACAAUUUAUUUCAAGGAACUGCAAAAAAAAUGAUGAAAAUGUGGCUUGAUUUAAAAGUUUUACAUUCAGAUCAGUUAGUUCUGAUUCAGGAGAAGGUUGAUUCUGUUGAUGCAGCAAGCAACAUAGGUGCAAUUCCUAGAAAAAUUGCAUCCUCGUUUGGAGGAUUUACCGCUGAGCAAUGGAAAAAUUGGACCAUUUUUUUCUCGAUUUUUGCACUAGCAGAUAUUUUGCCUAAAACAGAUUUGGAUGUUUGGCGAAAUUUUGUUUUGGCAUGUAGAGCGCUAACUUCUAAAUUCAUAUCAAGUGUAGAAAUAGCUAGAUUUGAUAGUUAUAUUAUUGCAUUUUGUAAAGGUGUGGAAAGGGUAUAUGGCUGUUCUAGCAUUACACCAAAUAUUCAUAUGCAUUGUCAUUUAUCACAGUGUGUACUUGAUUAUGGUCCAGUUUACUCUUUUUGGCUAUUUAGUUUCGAAAGAUACAAUGGUCAUUUGGGAAGCAUGCCAAAUAAUAGCAGGUCAAUAGAAAUGCAGCUUAUGAGAGGUUUUUUAAGAGACUCUUUUGUACAUUCUUUGCAAUUCCCUAGUUUGUAUGUUGAUGAAUUUAAGAAACAUUUUCCAAGUGUGACAGAGUUAUGUGGUGAGAGAUUUCCUACUGAUUCUGAUAUUUUGAAAAUAUUGUAUAUGUCUAAGAAAAGUGCCCAAAUUGUUGGACAGGACUGGCAAAUUUGCUCUGCAUUUGAAUGUAAAAAGUUAUCAUGCCAUGUUCUAUCUUCAGCUGACUUAGAUAUGUUAAAGAAAACAAACAAACAUAUUUAUCCAGAGCUUGAUGAUUACAUUGAAUGCAUCCCAAAAGUCCUUUAGAAAAUGUUCAUCUAUCUGUCUCGGAGGAGAAGUUUAUGGUUCAAAUCAAUCGCGUCACAAGCGAUCUUCGUUUGUCAUGGCCUACUGGCAUUCCACAGAUGGAAAAAUAAUCGAAGAAGUUGGCUCAGGUGAACUCCGUCCCGGGGUAAUUCAAUAUUUUCUUCAGCACAACUUAAUUGUAGACAAUAAAAGCCGUGUUCACCUGUUUGCUAAAGUUUUGUGGCUUGCAUCACUCCCAAACAUGUACAGAUAUCACGGUGGGAAGCCUGUUGAAUUAUGGAGACAGAACGUUUUUGACACUUUUGGGCCUUCUGCUUUCAUUCCAGUCCAGAGAAUAAGUUGUAAAUAUAUAUGUGCUGAUGGUAUGCUUUUGAAUAAGUGUGUAUCAUACAUUUGUCCUGUUAUUAAAGGUGUAAAUGUGUAAAUGUAAUAAAAAAGGGACGCGUUUAAUAGCUGUAUCGAAUUUUAGUUUUUGAAAUGAAAUCUGUCCUGAAAAAAUUGACCGUCCUGCGACAGUUGGCGUCGGCCAGUCUGGAAGGAUGUGCGUCCUGCGCCAGUUGGUGUCAGCCUUCUUGGAAGGAUGUGCGUCCUGCGCCAGUUGGCAUCAGCCUUCUUGGAAGGAUGUGCGUCCUGCGCCAGUUGGCAUCAGCCUUCUUGGAAGGAUGUGCGUUCUGUACCUGAUGGCAUCAUCCAAAAUAUAAUUGAAAUACAGAUCUCUACAUUAGCGCACAGCGCAGUGAAAUCUCUCUGCGCUAAUGUAGAGAUCUAUAAUUUUAUCAGAUUGCAUAAUCCAUCUUUGAAGGAUGUGCAUCCUGCACCAGUUGGCAUUGGUCAUCUUGUUAGGAUGUGCGUCCUGCACCACUUGGCAAUAUAAAGGUAUAGUUGGACAUUUAAAUUUUUCAUUUUUUGAGUAUUUGAUUUGGGAGUUUUUAAACUAUAUACUCUAAAUUUAAAAUUUGUGUCCGAUUUUUGUAUUUAUAUUAUGCGUGUGUAAAAUGGGUAUUUAAUUAGCUUGGGUUUCAUAUUUGUAAGAGGAAUGCGCUGUUCUUAUAACAGGCAAAAUAUGGAUAAUAUAUGUACAUACAUUCUUUUAAGGUAAACGAAAGUGUUGUCUCAAUCAUGCUUAUUUAUAUAUUCAUGAUAUAUUUUACCGUUAAUAAACAAUAAAAAAAACUUUGAUUCUUGUUUUA